CGCCGGACGACCUGUUGCGCUCGGCCGGUCCCUUUAACGUGAGCCGUGGAGCCCGUGCGUAGUUUUUUCACCAUGUUUUUGAAAGAUGCCGCACCUGUUCGCGAAUGUUGCAGAAAACGGGUAGGAGAGGACUGCUUGCCUUGCUGUUGAUAGUACUGGAGUGGACCCGGCCAGGCCUGCUGUCCCCGCUGAAGCCAAUCUGUGACCUGAGGGUCCUGAACCAUUUCAUCAAGGAGGCACGAGACGCCGAAGUCGCUAUGAAGGCAUGCAGAGAAGGCUGUGGCCUGACGGAGGCGGUAACUGUUCCCCAAACCACAGUGGACUUGGAUGUCUGGGAGAAGAAAAAUGCACUGGAUCAAGCUCAGGAAGUGCAGACCGGCUUGUGGCUUUUACAAGUGGCCCUCGGCUCGCUGCGGUCGUCGGUCACCAACACGGCUCUGCACAGCCACAUAGACAACACCAUCAGAAACCUGCCCAGCAUCAACGCCGUGCUGCGGAGCCUCAACUUUCAGGAGUACACGCCGCCGUCGAGUGCAGCGGGGCUUGAGGGGACGUGGCGAGUGUCCUCGGCGUCGGAGCUGCUCCAGGUCCACGUCAACUUCCUGCGAGGCAAAGUGCGCCUCCUCCUCUUGGACGCACAGGCCUGUCAGCAAGACGUCAGCUGAUCGGCCAAACGCCCGACUCCGGGGCGAAGGUAAUUUGUGUUUCCAAAAAAGGCAAGCGGAGGAACCUGACACUGUUGACCUGCGCGCCGGCUUGCUGGAAGCGGAAGGAGGAAGACGCGGCGAUCCUCGGGAAGCGAGGAAGGAAGGAAGGAAGGAAGGACGAUCCCAGCAAGGCUUUGGACUGGACGGGAGACGAUAGCACCUUGGAAUGUAGACGUGACGGACUGGCGGAUGUGGCGAAGCACACGCUGACCAAAAUAUAGGAAAUGCCCUCGAGAAGCACUGUUCCAAUCGCUGUCCUACUGGCACUCUCUUGCACUUUGUGUGGAUGCAUUUCGUGUGGGCGAGCUCACUGUGCAUGUAUGUGUAUGUUUCCAGUGACUCUGACCCAGACAAUCGUCUCUUUAGAGUAAAUUGUGGAGCGGAACACUCAGAAAAGUAUUGAUCGCACCGGGAAAUCUGAGGACUGCGGGGUUGCGACAGGGCGGCCGUUUCCACUCCCAUGGCAAAGAGGCAGGAAAAAAAAAACAAAACAAGGCCUCAGCCACUCAUGAAUUUAACAAUUUUCAGAAAUAUUCGUUCCUUCUUUUGAAUUAUUUUUCAGUGAAUAUUUUAUUAUUUUUUUAAGAUGUGUAAUUGCUAUUUAUACAGAUUUUCUACUUUUAAGCUCCAGUCUUAGUUCGUUAGCGUAAGUCUAAGAUUUUAGUCGAGCUCUUCGUCAUGGGACACAUUUGCAGAGGUGUUUGUUCACACUUGCAAAGUCACGCUGCUCUUCAUAUAUAUAUAUAUGUUUUUUUUUUAUAUACAAAGAUUGUACGUACCUGUUAUGGUUUCAAGGAAAGAAAAAAAAAAACAACGGAGGGCCUGUAAUGUUUGAUGCUUUAGUUACAGCGAGCGUGAGAGCAAGAGGUCAGAGUGGAGGGAUUACAUGAGAACUGUGAAACUGUUUCGUCUCUAUCCGUGUUUUUGUUUUCUGCCGAACCAACACUCGACCACUGUCUGCACACUGAUAGCAACGUUUUUUUUUGGGGUUUUUUUACAAUUAACAUCCUGUGCGGCUGUAAUUGCAAAUAGUUUUCCAGAACCUGCCUCCGUUGUUCGUCAUCAGACGGCAGGCGAGCAAUCAGCUCGUCCUGGGAACUUUAGAGGUUUUCUGCAAAAUGGAUGCUCAGCUGUUUCGGAUUCGUUAAGAGUUCUUCCUUGUUUUUUCCUUAUUUUUAUAUCUCGUUGUACAAGUGCAAGAUGUUUUUGAGGAUG